AUGGAGUCAGUCCGCCCUGCCUUGGCCACUCUGAGACUGACGGCAACCCGACGGGCGCCUCGUCCGCUGUACCAUUGUCUGCACACGACCGCAUCACGGCGCGCUACUCCGCUGCCUCAUCCCUCCGUUCCUGGACCGCCGCCGGAGACGCCCACGCCCUCUCCGACGGAUGCUCUCGACAGGGUCGCUAGGAAGAGGAAGCAGGCCGGGCUCCUGCAGCAGGCACGGGACAUCAGAGCCGCUCCGUCCAAGCCCGGUAGUGCACUCGCAAAGCGCUUCUGGAAGGAUGUAAUUGUGAAGGAGGCAGAUGGUGGACUACAGGUCUUCCUCGAUAGCAGACCCGUGCGGACGCCUACGAAAGAGAUACUCACCGUUCCCCCAACCAAGCACCAGCUCGCGACGGCCAUUGCACUCGAGUGGGACCUCCUCGUGAGCGCACAGCAGGCCCUGAAGACGCACUACAUACCCAUGACAUCGCUCGCCGCCCGCGCAAAGGACAUUGAAAAGGCGGAUGCUGGGGGCAACACAAAACCGCGCGAAGACAUCAUCCGCAUGCUGAUGCGCUAUCUCGCCACGGACACACUGCUGUGCUGGGCCCCCGAAAAAGUGCUCCACGAGGUCCCUCAAGGUGGACUAACCCUCCGCGAGACGCAGGUGAAGCUUGCCACGCCCAUCAUUGCUUACCUGACGACGCACGUGUGGCCAGGAGUCGAGAUCAAGCCGGUCCUGGAGCCAGACAGCAUUAUGCCCGUCUCGCAGCCCGACAUGACGCGAGACGUGAUUCACGGUUGGCUUACGGGUAUCCCGUCGUUUGAACUCGCCGGUCUGGAACGCGCGGUACUGGCGUCCAAGAGUCUGCUGGUCGGCGUCAGACUGAUCCACGAAUGGGGCGAAGCGUUUGCGCAAUCGCGGGAGGCUAAUGGUGCGGGCCGCUUUGGAAUCGAGGAAGCCGCCGAGGCAGCCAGCACUGAAGUGCGAUGGCAAAUAGGACAGUGGGGAGAAGUUGAAGACACGCACGACGUGGAAAGGGAAGACCUGAAGCGCCAGCUGGGAAGUGUCAUCCUGUUGGUUGGUGGAGAGUCGUCGUGA